AUGGAAGAAAAUGGAGAUGGUGGUGGGGAAGACCUCACCCCCUUUUGGGUCCAAAGCACCACCAAUCUCCGCCGCUCCGACCGCCUCCGUCGCGGCGUCGCCGCCGUGCUCUUCAGCUCGGGGCUGGUGGUGUUCCUCCUCUUGGUAACAGCUGCUUUUUUCUUGGCUUUUGUAGUGCCCUCAACCAUUUCUCUUAGUGCCAACAUUUUUAAACCUAAUAGUGUCAAGAAAAGCUGGGAUUCUUUGAACAUUGUUCUUGUUUUGGUUGCUGUAGUUUUUGGGUUUCUUAGUAGAAAUAGAAAUGAGGAGAGAUCCCCAUUGUUUGAUGAGUUUCAGCCUUCUCCCAUUAAAGAAAAUCAAUCCCAGAACUCAAAUAAUCAAGAAAAAUCGAGUCUUUAUGAUUAUCAUCAGGAAAAAUCGAGUCUUUAUGAGUAUCAUCAAGAAAAAUCGAAUCUUUAUGAGGAAAAUAAUUUGAAUUUGAGAAGAAGCAGCAGUUCAUAUCCUGAUCUGCGUGAAUUCUCAUCUUCUUCCACAAAUUGGAGCUAUGGGGAUUAUCAGAGGAGAUUUUUCGAUGAUUUUAAUGUCGAUUCGAGCCGGAGCUCGGACGCGGCGGAGCUCCACCACCACCGCCGCCACCGGAGCUUGGAGCAAGUUGAUUAUCUGACUUCGCCGCCGCAGAUUAAGACUGUUGUUGUUGAUACAUUGGUGUAUAAACCCACUGCGGGUGGUGGAAAAUUUCCAGCGGAAUUGGCGGCGGCGCCGCCUGGGGAGGAGGAGGUUGCGGAGAGGGUGGUGGGUGAUGGUGCGGCGGUGAGGGAGGGGAGAUCGAGCAGGAGAUUUUAUAAAGAUUCGAAUUUGAUGAAUCCCGUCUCGGCGCCUCUGCCGCCGGUGGAGGAAGCUCCGCCGCCGGAAUUUCAAGAAAGUGAGAAACGGAGCCGGGAAAGAGCGGCGCGGAAAAAGGAAAGGUCGAGUAGAAGGCAGGUUUAUAAAGAUGUGGAACCCACAAAUCCAAUUGCGACGCCACCGCCGCCACCACCACCUCCGGCGCCGCCGCAGCAGAAGAGCAGCAAGAGUGACAGAAGACGCGGCGGCGCGGCGGCGAAUUCGACCAAAGUCUUCUUGAAUUCUCUCUACAGCAAGAAGAAGAAGAAGCAGAGGCAAAAGAGCGUAGACAAUGUGGAUUCUCUCCUCCACGAAGCUCCUCCGCCGAUGAGUUUCCAAAUUCCAUCGCCGUCGCCGCCUCCACCACCGCCUCCCCCGCCGCCGCAGCCGUCGGUCUUCCACACUCUGUUCUCAUCCAAGAAGCCCAAAAGAAAAAGAACCAUAACCGUCACAGUGGCCCCCCUCCCACCAUCUCCACCACCAGAAUCGCCGCCGCAUGCGGCGGCGCGUGACCCAUCAUCCGCAUCCCACGCGCCACCGCCGCCAACUCACAAACCACCGAAGCCUCUUAAGAAGAACAACUUCGACAGACUAGAAGAGGCCUCGAACAGCGGCGGAGAAUCCCCUUUCCGCCGCAUUCCGCCGCCUCCACCUCCGCCGCCGCCGUCGCUCUUGAAAACUCCGGCGUGGAGGUUUGUGGUGCAAGGCGACUACGUGAGGGUGAACAGCAGCAACAGCUCGAGGAGUGGCUCUCCGGACCUCGACGAAACGGACUCCGACGUCACGCCGUCGGCGGAUGCCGGCGGCGGAGUGGCGGCGUUGUUCUGCCCGAGCCCAGAUGUGGACACAAAAGCUGAGAGCUUCAUCACUAAUUUUAGGGCCAAAUUGAAGCUUGAGAAGAUCCAUUCCAUGAAGAAAAGAGAUGUAGGCCCAUCUACUCUUGGCCCGGGCCCGGGCCCAAAUAAGAUUUAG